GUUCCGAAAUUUAUUUUUACAUCGUCAAUAAUAAUUCUAGUUCAGUGAGCUCUUUUUCAUUUGUGAUUUGUUUAAAGUUUAUUGAUUAUUUUCAUUUUGGUUUAUUUGAAAAUUAAAAAUGUUCGAGUAUUCACGUUUGUCAGCGGAGCGUGUGGUUAAAAACCAAAAACAAAUACUCUAUGCACUUUUGGGUGGAUUUACAUUUGUAAUUUUACUUGUAACAAUGAUUUGCAUCGUGGGCAAAUCAGAGCCACCAACGCAAACUGUUGCAGGGAAAUUAAUUUCAAAUGAUAGUUUACCAGAAAAGGAACACCUGCAACUGAAAAUAAUCAGUGAAGAUCCCGAUCCAACUACUAGAGAGCGCCGCGAAAAAAUUCGCGAAAUGGCUUUGAACGCGUGGGAAAACUACAAAAAAUAUGCAUGGGGCAGAGAUGAAUUGCAUCCAAUAAGCAAGACUGGUGAUAAUAAAAAAGGUGAUUUGGGAGCCACAAUCGUGGAUAGUUUGGAUACAUUGUACGUAAUGAACUUGACGGAACAAUAUAAAGAAGGUCGUGAUUGGGUAGCAGAAAACUUUACAUUUGAAAACAAGUACGGAGAUUUGUCUGUAUUUGAAACUAACAUUCGAUUUAUGGGAAGCUUUUUAACCAUGUACGCAUUUACCGAAGAUCCAAUGUAUAAAUCAAAGGCCAAAGAAGUUGCAGAUAUUCUUUCUCCAGCAUUCGAUACCAACACCGGCAUACCAAAAUCUCUUGUUAAUAUUCAAACAGGUGAAAGUAAAACUCAUGGAUGGACAAAUGAUAACAGCAUUUUAUCUGAAAUUGGUGCAUUACAUCUCGAAUUUGCUUAUAUGAGUGACAUAACUGGAGAACCUGUAUACCGUGACCAAGUUAUGAAAAGUCGUAAUUUUUUAAAAAAUAUUCCAAAACUAAAUGGAUUGUAUCCGACUUUUAUAAACCCCGAAACGGGAAAAUGGGGAAGUCAAAAUGUGGCAUUGGGUGCAUUUGGUGACACUAUGUACGAAUAUCUUCUGAAAAUGUGGAUUCAAUCGAAUAAAACUGACACCGAUGCACGCGAUAUGUACAACGAUGCAAUUGAUGCUGUUGCCGAUAAUCUCAUAAGAACAUCUCGCAGAGGAUUGAAAUAUAUAACGGAAAUGCGCUAUGGAAGCACUGUUCAUGUGAUGGAUCAUUUGGCAUGUUUCGCUGGUGGUCUUUUCGCAUUGUCGUCGGUCACUCAGAAAAACAAAAACUCGGAAAAAUUUAUGCAGUUAGGCAAAGACAUAACAAAUACAUGCCAUGAAAGCUACAUCAAAACCACAACUCAUUUAGGACCAGAGAGAUUUCGAUUCAAUGAUAACUACGAAGCACAAGCAGCACCCCAUGAUGAUAAACGGUAUGCUGCAUUACUGUAUCUAAGUGCAAGCCGCAGUGAAAACGAGAUUCGAUGUAGGAGCACAAAAAUAUCCGAUCGUUAUAUUAUGACUGCGGCUCAUUGUGUACAUGCAGGCAAAGAACCGUCUCAAGUUCGAGUUGGAAAACUAACUGUUAAUGAUGAUGAUGGAAUGGAAGGCGAAAUCUGUUCAAUACAGGGUGGAACAUUUUUGGCAUAA